UUUUUACUAUAUGCAACACGUACUUCUCUCGAACUUAAUAAAAAUAUUACUAUAUCGACAUUCGAAUAAUGUAAUAAAAAUUGUCGAGACUAUAGAAGGAUCGAGAUCAAGAAAAUGGUGGUGAUCGAUAGGCGCGGAUCGUUCAUAGUGUCGACGGCUGGUUAUUUCUUCGGUGUACCUGUUCAAGAAGAUAAAAAGUGGUCCUCGCCAGUCUUAGAAAAAUUUUUUAAUCAUUCUACGUGUAGAACGCUUUGUGCGCAACCAAUUCAACCUGAGAACGAUGAAUUUCCUCUCAAACUCAGUAAUGAAUUACUUGCUGGAAAGAAUACAUUAGUUUUCUUCAAGUUGUCAGCGUCGGUCGUCACGGAAGAGAAUUUUCACGAUUUGGUACAAGUAACUUCGAUCGGAGCUGGCGAAGGUUCUGCCCUCAUCGAAGUUUUACGACAAGUUUGGGCUCCCACUCUUAAAUCAUCUGGAUUCGAUCCGGCUUCUUUGAAAAAAUUAGAAGAAGAUCUUCUCGGUCCUCGUCCACCUACGUCCAUUGCUGAGGAAGAAGCUUUUUGGAUAAAACGAAGCAAUGAAGCGACUCGAUCAAGAGAUAAAACGUCCUUCGACGAAGCUGCAAAGAUAUUGAACGAUAUUAGAAACGAACUUGAGAGUGCGGCUGUUUCGAGAGAUGGAUUUAUCGGUCUAGAGGAAUCGCUCGAAACGAUUUCUGGUUAUGUCGAUGACGUUUGGAAGUUAGGCAGUGUAGUUUACAAAGAGGAACGUAUGAAAUCACUAUUGGAAAUAAUUGGAAAUGAGACGGUUAUGCUUGUUGAAAAUCUUGUUAACGAGACAAACCUGAAUCAAGGUCAAGGUCAGAUUGGAGCAGAUACAGUUUCCAUGGGUGCAAUGGUAUGCGAGAAAUGGGUAAAUGCAAGCGAGAGAUUAACAGGACUUUUCUGGCCUCAUCAUUCGCUUCAUCCUUGGAAAGACACUGUAUUUGUACCUGGAAAAUGUUCGAAACUUGGCAGGAGACUUAGACAACUCAGCGAGUUACGUGCUCAGCAUCGUCAAUUGAUGAGAUUGCUAACAUCCAGUGAAAGAACACGGCUCGAUGCUGACAAUCUUCUUCAAAAUUUUAAAGAUAUUAAAGUGGUGUACGGCGAGGAUGAGAACGAUAUCGAAUGGAAUAGAAUGAGACGCAAAGUCGAAGAAGCUUUAAUACCAACAGAAGAAUUGGUUGCUCAAAAAUUGAAGACUCAGAUCGCUGAUGCUAAGACACCUAAUGCAUUAUUAGAGGAAUUCCGAAGGUAUUUCGAUCUUAUGAAAAGAGAUGCUUUAAAAAAGGCUCUUCGUAGCGAACGUGAAGCUUUGCUUUUGGCGUACGAUGAUCUGAUUGAAACUUGUCUUGCUGGACCAGACACAGAUGAUCUAUUGGAUACUCCUAAGAUACUUCAAGAGAUUCAAACCGCGAGAUCGUCAGAGAUGCGAUUAGAAAGUUUGAUAGAACUUGGUAAAGAACUUUUAGCAGAUCUACCGGCAUUCGAAGAGACCGUAUCGAAAGUUACAACAGCGUUGAAGGACGCUGAAAGAAAGAGACAGUAUCUUUUAGAGUCUUGGGUGAACGAGACGAAAGAUGCAGUUGCUAGAAAAGAGUUAACUUUGGGUACAGACUCUGCAGUUAUCGAGUUAACUGGUACAAGUCUCAUGCGAGUUACUUACGAUCCUAAAUUAAUGACAUUGAUCAGAGAAGCCAGAGCUCUUUCAGGACAAGGCGUUGAACUACCAAGAGAGAUAAGGGAUCUCGUUGAGAGAGCUAGUUUAUUAGCAGGUCGAGCAAGGGCUUUACAACAAGUUGCGACCUUCCAUAAUACCAUCGGAGAUCGUAUGGUGCCUUCUCAAAGACCUCUUAUGUUAACUACUGCAUUGGAAUUGGCAAGAGCUGUAAAGGAACAAUCAGGUGUAGUGUGGUCCGAUCCUCAAGCGGUUGAUGGUUACACGAAUCGACUUAGAGAAUUGGUGACGAAGUUCGCAAGACAAAACGCUGAAUUAGCAUCUAAGCAUUCGAAUUUACGCAACUUAGUAUCGAAUUUAUUUAAAGGCGAGGCUAUUAAUCUCGUAGGUAAUCAGAAUAUUUGGAAGGAUACUUUGAUGAAUAUGAGAACUAUCGUUGAUAGUGUCGAAGCAGAGUAUGGUAAUACGACUGCUUGGAAGUUGCAUUGGGAUCGACAGCUUUUGAAAGCUUUGGGCGUGGCUUAUAGUGGUGCCCUGCCAUCGUUGUUAAGAAAAUUACCAGAGCUCAAGGUCGAACUAAUAUUCCGCGAUGGAAUGUUGCAAUGGCGACCUACUCUCGAAGAAAUUCGAGCGAAAAUAUAUUCUGGUAUACGACGUUCUCUCUCAAUUCCUAUGAACUUUCGUGGGGUCGGUAAUGUCGAGCACGCUCAAUUUGGUAAUCUAGUUCAUAAAAGUGCUUACUUGUUUGGUGGAGUCUACAAGCAAGCUGAGAUUGCCUUAAAUGCCUUGGAAUCCGUUAGGAUCAAGUGGUUAAACUUGGCGGCACCAGCGAGAAUCGAUAUUGGUGAAAAAUUAAAAGGAGCAUCUCCAAACGAUUGGAGUAGAGCUUUCAAGGACGCUAAACAAUGGGCACAAGAGGUUGGCAAAUUGCGAGGAGGCGAGGUAAAAAUUUGGUGUAUAAGUAUCGACACUGGAACGACUAGGAACGAUUUAGAAUCGGCAUCUCGUCGUUAUUGGGAACGUUUGUGUUCGGAUUUGCGUGUCGAGGCUUCUUCAAGAUUAGUAGCAGUCGUUGAUUUUCUUUCCCUCGCUGCGAAAGAGUUAGAAAGGAGGCCACAUAACGUUGAAGAAGUUGGAUUAGCUAACGAAGCUCAUGAACGGAUUGAAAAACAAUAUGCCGGCAUUGGUAACGAAAUGGAAGCUGUUGCUGGUCUUGCUAAAGUGUUGGCAGCCUGGACAAGUGAAAAAUUGGAAGGAAUUAAUACAGCGAACAUAGGUUGGCAAGAGUUGGCUGAUCGUUUGGAAAAGCACAAAGCAGUGGUAUCGCGUCAAUUGGAGGACACUAAGGUGAAUCUUCGUCAUCGAGGAAUAGCGUUACGUGAUGAAAUCGAAAGAUGGGAGACCAAGUGGUUGGAAAAGCCUGACGUUAUCGGUAUAGAUUGGAUAACGUCUAUGAGAGAUCGUUGGAUCACUUUAACUGAGCAAAGGGAUAGCUUGAAUAUAGAUUGUCAAAGAAUCGGUGUGAAUUUAAAGGAUAUCAUCGAGGACGAUUCGACGAAUUUAAAAAAGCUCGAAGCACAGUUAGAAGCAGAGGAAUCGAAUUGUAGAUUUCAAGCGGAAUUUCUCGAGGAACUUGAUAAUCAAAGAGCGGAGGAAUGGGCAGUUGCGAGAAGAAGAUUACCGAGACUGCACGAUUGGCUUGAUUCAUGGGAAACCAGGAUCCGUUUACAAUCGAUCGAAGAUCGUAGUUCUAAAGACGAGGAUAAAGUAUCGUCGAACAACGUACAAGUUGAAACUUUCGUUGGUAAAAGGUUACGUGAGAUUAGAGACGCCAUCGAUUGGAUUCAACUUCUUCGAGGGGAUGAAAUAGCUGAGGAACAUUGGACGGAAUUAAAGACAAUCCUUUGUUUGAACGAUAUUAAAAAUUUACGAGAUUUGACGCUAGGUCAUAUACUCGAUUGUAAGGACAAAUUACGGGACAAUGUCGAUCGCGUUAAGGAAAUAACAAAGAGAGCUGCCGCUGAAAGUGGGAUACGUCAAGCGAUAUUGGAAUUAGAAUCUUGGGAGACAUCGGCCAGUCUUCAAAUUCAACAGACAAAGGACAAUAAAAACUCGAUUAUUUAUAUUGUCGGAGAAUAUGGCAAUCUUUUGGCUAGGACAGGUGAAUUACGUCUUUUGCUGGAAGGUGCAAAAGGUGCUGCAGGAUAUGAAAGAUUUGCAGCUAGGGCAACACGAUGCGAGGCUAGUUUAUCGGAGAUCGAAGAACGUAUAAAGAUACUCAGUAUCGUGCAAAGAAAAUGGGUUUAUUUGGAACCCAUAUAUGGUAGUGGUGCUGCACCAAAUGAUUCUGGGAAAUGGUCGAGAACGGACAAAGAAUUUAGAUAUCUUAUGGGAGAAGUAUCACACGAUCCUCGAGUAUCGUCCAUUAGAAGACUCCCUUUGCCAGCGUUAAUUAAUUUGAAGGAUUUACUCGACAGAUGUCAAAGAAGUCUUGACGAAUUUUUAGAAGAGAGAAGAUCCUCUUAUCCUCGUUUAUAUUUUUUGAGCGACGAAGAUCUUUUAGAAUUGGUGUCAGGGAGUGGUAAAGCUUUGGAAUCUCAUCUUCCAAAAUUAUACCAAGGCAUAGGAUCAGUGAUAAGAGAUGAUAAUAACAGUUUAAUCGCUGUAAUAUCACCGGAGGGUGAAAUAUUAAAUUUAUCGGACGUUAUCGAUACCAGUGAACCAUUACCAAGAUGGUUGAAUAAUCUUGAAAAAGUGAUAAGGAAUACUCUUCGACAGAGUCUUGAUAAAUGUUUAAUAGACUCAUCGCCUGAUCCUUCAAUUUAUCCAACUCAGAUACUUUUGUUAUCCGAGAGGAUCAGAUUUACUGAACGUUGCGAGGCCGCUUUAAAAGAGGGUAAUGUGGGUUUGAAAAAAUUGGUAGAAUUUUUGGAUACUCAAAGAGCUAGAUAUAGGGGUCUCGAAGAUGUUGGUGAUACAUUGACGGUAUUAAAAGCACGCGGAUUACUUCUCGAUACUGUUCAUCAUCUCGAAAUAUCUAGAACUCUUUUGAAUAGUCUCGAGAAUGGUGAAUCUACUUGGUGGUUGUGGUACAGACAAUUGAAAACUUAUAGAACGAAUAAAGGUCCAGUGAUAAGAUGCGCUUCUGCGGAAUUCCCAUAUCGUUUUGAAUAUCAAGGAGCAGCAGUUGGUUUAGUUUGGACGUCGCUAACCGAAAAAUGUUUCUUGGCUUUAACGCAAGCGAUGAAACUAGGAUUAGGUGGUAGUCCAACUGGUCCAGCUGGUACUGGUAAAACUGAGAGCGUUAAAGCACUCGGUAGUAUACUGGGUAGAUUGGUCAUUGUCUUUAAUUGCGACGAAGGAAUGGACGCAAGCAGCAUGAAGAGAAUCUUAGGUGGUUUGGCUCAAGCUGGUGCUUGGGGAUGUUUCGACGAAUUUAAUCGUCUCGAGGAAGAAACAUUGAGCGCCGUUGCGAUGUUGAUUAGACCUCUUCAAGAAGCUGUAAGAGAUGGAUCGAGUCAAGUUGUUCUUAGUGAUCAAAGAGUUAAUCUCGAUCCACACUGCUGCGUAUUUAUUACAAUGAAUCCUGCUGGAAGUGAAUAUGGUGGACGUCAUAGACUUCCAGAUUCAUUGGCUCGACUUUUCAGACCUAUUGGCAUGGCUCAUCCUGAUAAAUUUGAUAUCAUCAAAGCAUUGUUAGAAUGUGCUGGUUUUUUGGAAUCUUCUAUGCUUGCCAAUCGUUUGGUCGAAACCUUCGAAAUAUCUCAAAAUUUACUUUCGAAACAGCCGCAUUACGAUUGGGGUCUUAGAGCACUUCGAUCGGUAAUCGAUGCUAUUUCAUCUGCUAAUCAUCUCGAUGAAUCAUCCAGACUAUUGAUCGCGAUAAAAGAUUCAACAUUACCGAAAUUAACUGAGGACGACGCCAAAAAGUUUCUCGAUUUGUUAGUUGACGUCUUUCCUAACACAGAUCAUUUGUUAACCGAGGUAUCCAACGAAAAAAAAGAUUUGCGAGAAGCCCUGGUAAAACUUUGCGAGUCUGAAAAUUAUACCAGGAAUAUCGUAGAACAGUGUAUACAAUUGAGGGAUCAAUUAAAAAGUAGAACGGGUGUUGCGAUCGUUGGUCCACCUGGUAGCGGAAAGACGACCAUUAGAAAAUUAUUAGCCGAGGCAUUGUCUAAAAUUGGAGAACCAGUAGAUCAGUGUCUCAUUUAUCCUGGCGCAGUACCAAAAUCAAGGCUUUUAGGACGCGUUGAUCCAGAAACAAGAGAAUGGAAAGAAGGAUUAUUAUCGAGCGCUGUGAUAACAGCCGGUGAAGCUUCAACUUGGAUCAUUUUUAAUGGCGACGUUGAACCAGAAUGGGCGGAAGCAUUAAACUCUGCUUUGGAUGAUAAUAGAUUAUUAACAUUACCUAAUGGGGUUGGUGUCAAACUCGGAAACGGUAUAAGGUUCAUAUUCGAGACACAUAAACUGGCAAGUGCUAGUCCAGCUACAGUUUCACGAUUAGGUGUCGUCCAUCUUGGAAUGAUUAAUCCAGCAUCACUUCUGUUUGCUUUAAACAUCGAGGAUUUGCCUGUUAACGUUCGGAGCAAUAUAAAGACACACCUAUCUCCCUGCAUCGAUGAAAUUCUCAAGACAAACUCGAUACGAUCUUCAGCUUCCGGUUUGGUCAAUUCAGUUUUAUAUCAUUUACGAAAGGCACAUACACAGACACUUGGCACAGAGGCACUUAUCGGAGCUUUCUGUGGUCAAAUCGAAGAUCAAAACGUUAGAGACAAUCUGGCACGUUUGAUUUAUCAAUUGACGGAUUGUUGGUGUCCAGAUCCUGAGAAGCCAUUCGAUGUUGUUUAUAAUGAAAAAUCUGAUCGAUUAGAACCGUUCAUUGAUAUUUAUCAAUCCAUUGAAACAGAUGACGGACCUGUUCUACUUUCAGGACCUGUUAAAAGAGCAUUAGCGUCUAUUUUACCCUGGAUAGAAAAUGAUUAUCCCGUUAUUUUACGAGGUCAAGAGGGCUCCGGUAAAAGUACAUUGAUAGCUGCUGCAUUAUCAUCUAUAAAAAAUAAGGAUAAUGCACCAUCGACCUUGAUACAAGGAUCAUCUCUCUAUGGAGCACAAGAUCUCAUUACACGUUUAAAACGAGCUUGCGUUCGUUUGGAUUCAUCCUCUCAUGGGAGAACCUAUAAACCUAGAAAUGGUUCACGAGUUAUACUAAUCCUUAAGGAUAUACACUUAGCUUCUAAAGAGAUGCAGGAAUUGUUGAGAGAAUUACUUCAGGACAAAGGAUUUCACGAGGAUGAUUUAGAAUUCGCUCGAAUUCCAUUAACGCUAAUUUCUACUGCAGAUUCUAUUACUGCUCUUCAUCCGAGAUUAGAAUGUCUCAUGGCUACGUAUUAUUUACCAUCUCCAAGUUCGAAAGAGACCGUUGCUAUGUUGGAACUUCAUCUGAGAGAUGCGUUGAAACAGAAGGACGAUUUAAUGGACACUUGGAUUUCGAAGACAGCAUCGGCAAUGUUAGAAGCUUAUCAGUCAACGAAUUUGUCCAAAGAAUUUUCUUACUUGUGGACACCGAAAGAUCUUAUUUUGUGGGCUGAUUGUCUUGGUUAUUAUUUAUCUCCUGAAAAUGUGGAAGAUGUUACCUGUCAUCUCUUAGAUGCUGGCCGACAUUUAUUCUAUCCAAAAUUAACAGCUAAAGCACGAGUCAACUGGGACUCCAUAUUGUCUGCUAAAAUGAUUGAAGUUAAAAAUACAAUCAACGAUGUUUUCGUUUGGAAGAUUGGUAAUACUGAAUUGUUACCUAUUGUGGAAGAGGAAUGGAAAAAUAAUAUCAUAAAUGCAGCUGCUAAAUGUGCUCGAGAAGGCGAACCAAUACAGGCAACAAUUACUUCCCAUCUUCUACAAAUGAUUGCUGGCAUAUGUUGGACAUUUGGAACACGUUUACGUGGUGUAAUAUUAACUGGACGACCAGGAGCAGGAAGAAAAUCAGCUGCCAGAUUAGCAGCAACUUUCUCAUCUUUUCGAUUCAUUGAUUCGGGACCUGGGCGAGCUAAAGCUUCGAUCAAAAAUGCUGUUCAAACAGCCGGUAUCGAUGGUGAACCAACGAUGCUCUUACUCGAGGAACAUCAUAUGAGAGAAGAAGGAAUGUCCAUUUUAGUCAGUGCUAUUGUCGCGCAAGGAGAAUUGCCAGGACUUUUUUCAACCGAGGAAUUGGAUGGUAUGAUAGCACCAUUGAUAGAUUUAUCAAGGAGAGAAGAUUUUCCUGGUACUUUGGAACAAUAUUUUUAUUAUCGUCUCCGCAGUUAUCUUCGUAUAGUUAUGAUUCUAGACAUCGGUGACAUGAACUCAAGGUUAUUAUCAUGUUCUGGAUUAUUCAGAUAUUCUGCUAUAAUUGGUCCAUGUAUCGGAAACGAAUGGUGGUCUUACGAAGCACCAUUGACCGAGUUAGCGAUUCAAUAUAAUUCACAUGGAUCAGAAGCUUCUGAAAUAUCAUCUCCAGACACACAAGUUAUGAUUAAAGCUCAUCUUCAAGCUCCUAAGCAACAACACGCUCCGGCACGUUUCUUAGCACUACUUUGUACAUCUCAACAUCUUCGUGAAAUUUGGAGCGAAGAAGUUGAAAGUAAACUUAAUAGUCUUGGCGCUGGUAUAAGUAGAUUAAGAGAAGCCGGUGAACACGUCGCUAAAUUGGAGGAUGAAGUUUCUAAGCAAAGACAACAGCUUGAGGUUGAAAAAGGAAGAGCUAAUGCUGCAUUAGAAAAGAUUACUGCGACAAUGAGAGGUGCCACAGGGCAACGAGGCGAGAUGACUAAUUUAAAAAUCGAGACCGAACGAGAGAGCGCUGAGUUGGCACGACGAAAGACCGAUAUAGAAGGAGAAUUGAGCAAAGUCGAGCCAUUGGUCGAACAAGCGUCACAAGCUGUCGCUGGUAUCAGUGCCGAUGCUCUUGCCGAAGUUAGAUCAUUGAGAGCACCACCAGCACCGGUAAGAGAUGUCCUUGAAGGUGUUCUGAGACUUAUGGGUAUCAAAGAUACGUCUUGGAACAGUAUGAAAACAUUCUUAGCUAAACGUGGGAUCAAAGACGAAAUCAGAACCUGGGACGCGAGAAGAAGUACCUCGGCGAGUUUAGAAGCGGUUGCAAAAUUAAUCAAAGAACGUCCUGAUAGUUUUGAAGAAAAAACUGCUAAGAGAGCAUCGGUGGCUGCUGCACCAUUAGCAGGCUGGGUACUUGCAAAUUUACAAUACGGACAAAUUCUUCAACAAGUUGCACCUUUGGAACGGGAACAACGUUUAUUAGCCGAACGAUUAUCAGCUGCGGAGGCUCAGCUUGGAAGAUUGGCGGCUGGUUUGAACACCGUAGAAAGUCGUGUUUCACAGCUUCAAGAAGAAUUGGCUGAACAUUCGCGAGGUGCUGCGGCGUUGCAAUUGAGAACGGAAACAACCGAGGCUAGUUUGACCACGGCUAGAGCUCUUUUGUCGAAAUUAGAUAAGGAACAUCGUGAUUGGCAAGCACAGUACGAAGAGUUGACCAAACGUAAAGCAAGAUUAAACGUCGAGGCUGCUAACACGGCAUCCUUUUUGAUCUAUCAGGAUCCGGAAAGAGAUGACAAGUGGAAGAGGUCGGCCAUUGAGUUAUUGAUCACAGAACGAGAAAGAUUACUUUGGCGAGCUCAAGGACUCCCAGCGGACACCGGAAGUCUCGUUGGUGCUGCAUGCGCGUUGAGAGGCCCUUUGGUACCUAUUUUUCUCGAUCCAUCGGGAGUUGCUGUUGCCUGGUUGAAGUCGAAUCUAGGAUCGAAAUUGGAAAUAACUAAGGCCGAGGAUCCUAGAUUUUUUACCGCUUUGGAAUUAGCUGUUAGAUUUGGGAAAGCCUUGUUGGUCGAGGAAAUAGUUGAAUUUCCCUCUAUUCUGUUGCCACUUUUACGUAAACGACCAUUGAGACUCGGUGAACGUAUUUUGCCAGCUCAACAAGGCUUCAAACUCUUCUUAGCUACGAGAAGAGAUCGAUUGGAUAAUAUACCAAAGGAAGCUGACGCCGUUCUGUUCAAAAUUGCACUUGGUGCUGGAACGAGAAGCUUGGCUGAAAGACUCGUCGAUAAGGUUUUGUUAAAGGAAACUCCAGAAAUCGAGUCAAGAAGAAGAGAAGCUUUAGAAAGAGAAGAGAAACUUUCUGGCGAACGAGACGCUGCUCGAGUAGAUUUGUUAGCGCAAUUGGGUAGAGCCAGAGGGCAAGAUCUUUUGCAAGAGUCUCAAGAUGGCCAUGGUGCUGGUGAUAGUGGUGGUGGUGGCCUUUUAACUUCGUUGGAAAAUACUCAGACAAAGGCCAAGGAGAUUUUACUGGCUCUUGAAGAAAGUCGACGUAGCCUUGAGGAUAUUUCUAAGAGAAUGGAGAGUGGCGAGAAACUCGCUAAAUUCGCAGCGAACGUUUAUAAGGCCGUUAAGGGACUGACAUCCUUAAAUCCUUUAUACGUUUUCUCAACAGAAGCUUUCACGGACAUAUAUCUCGAAGCAGAGAGCAGCAGAUCAAUAGCUGUUGCCGAAGAGAGAAAAGAACAGGACAGAUUAGUUGAAAAGAGAUUAAUUGCAUUAACAGUGCAUUACUGUACAAAGGCAGCAUAUAGAAAACAUCGACUUUCACUUGCACUGUACUUGGCACUUUAUUUAAAUCCAGUAUCGGAAAUCGAGAGAAAUUUAUUGCUCGAUAGUGGUAUACCAAAUAACGAGGAUAAUAUCGAUUUUGAAAUACCCGAUUGGGUGCCCGAUGAACGUCGAACAGCUGUGAAAAUAUUGGCCAAUUCGAUGCAUCAGGUCGCUGCUAAAAUGAAACGUGCUUGGUUCGAGGAUAUUGGAAAUGUAUACAACGACAACAGUUUGACUCCAUUUCAGCGUAUUCUAAUUAUCAAAGUCCUACGUCCGGAUUAUUUGCACACAGCUCUCACGAAAUUUGCUAUCUCGCAAUUGGGUGUACGAGAUUUGGCACCACCAGCAUGGACUUUAAAAAAAAUAGCGGAAAACGAGGGAUCAACAAUGCCGAUACUUUUGUUAUUAUCACCAGGAACUGAUCCUGGUCCGGAGUUAAAAUCAUUGGCCGUAAAUCAUGUAACUUCCUCAAUCGUAUUCACCGAAGUUUCUUUGGGACAAGGACAGGUUGGUCAAGCGGAGUUAGCAUUGGAAGCUGCGUGCAAAAACGGUAGUUGGGUGUUAUUGAGCAAUUUACAAUUAGCCUUGACUUGGCUACCUCGAUUAGAAAGUCUAUUGAGAUCACCUAUGUGUACUACCGAUAAACAAGCAACCACAAGAAUUUGGUUGACCACAGAAGAAUGUAUAGGAUUUUAUCCUGGUCUUGCAGGACUAUGUUUAAAACUAGCUUACGAGCCACCAGAAGGAGUUAAGAGAAAUCUAAAAAGAUCCUUCCAACAACUCCAACAAUUGGAAGUGAAUAAAACUAACGAUAAUAUUCCUGGUAUGUUUUUAUUAUCAUGGUUACACUCGACCAUUCAAGAACGACGUAAAUUCGUUCCACAAGCCUGGAUCAGAUCUUACGAAUGGAACGAAGCAGAUUUGGGUGCGGCUUACACAUUGAUCGUUGAUAAAACGAUUAAAAUCAAUCAAACGCAAAAUUGGGAAACGGGUCAAGGAUUAUUGGACGUUGCUGUUUACGGUGGACGAUUACAGGAUGAUUACGAUAUGCGGGCCCUUCGUGCUAUUAUUUGUGAUGUUUGGUCGAAGGAUGUUUUCGAGGGUCGUCGUACUUUAGGCAACGUUAUCAAUAUCCUCGAUAUAUCGGAAAACGAUCCAUUAAAGAUCGUCGAAAAUUUAAACGACGAAGAUUCACCAAGAGAAUAUUUUGGUUUACCUGCGAAUGCUCAUAGAGCUUGGGAAAGGAUAGCCGCUGAGAUAGCCUUAGCUCUUCUCAAAGGUAUGACGAUAAAAAUAUCGAGUAACGAUAGUCGAGGUGGAACGAGAUCAAAGAAUACGAUUGAAGAGGAUUUAAAGGAAACCCUAGAUAAACGUUUGAUGAAAUUUGAAGCAUCGUUGAACUCAAUAUCCCAGGAUAAAGAGAAAGAGACUCCAAUGAAGCGUUUCUUCGCUGAUGAAAUUGAAUUUACUCGAGAUUUAUUGAACCGUAUAAGACUGGAUAUCGAUUUGAUUGGAAUUGAGAAUGCAAAGACUCCUAAACAUUGGAUAAAAGAGUGGGAAUCUGGACCGAAGGAUGCAGUAACAUUCGUUAAUGGAUUAUUAAUUAGAUAUCAGAUAUUGGAAUCGUGCAGCGUUACGAGUUUCCCAUUUCGUGUUGAUCUCUCUGGUCUUGGUAGACCCGGUGCGUUUUUAGCAGCUUUGAAACAACACACCGCACGUGAGAUCAAUCAUCCACUCGAAAAUCUUCGACUUCGGGCUCAUUGGAUCGAUGAUCGUAAGACCGAACAAUGGAAGGUAUCGGUGAUUAUCGAAGGACUUCUUAUUUCAGGAGCUUUGAUAAAAGAGGGUAGUCUGAUCGACGUAGAUGCAAAUGACGCACCAAUCGCUGCCGCGCCAAUUUGUCAAAUCGCAUUCUUACCAGAACGAUAUUCAAUCGAUAAGGAUAAAGAAAAGAAGACGUCGCAUUCAUAUUACGAAAAGGAAGAACAUAAAGAUCGGCUUGGUGUCCCGGUUUACAGCGAUUCUCAACGAACUUCAUUCGUUUGUUCACUUCCAGUCGGUUGUCCUCGAGAAAAUCGAAACGUUUGGCUACGCCGUAGCGUUGCUCUUUAUUUGAAAUCGAUCUAAUUAUUAAUUAAACAAAUUAUUUGAUAGAUAUAAUUUCAUACAUCAGAUUCUAGAUCGAUUAUGAACACAAGAAAGUUCUAAGUGUCUAAAUCUGAUCUAUGAUUCAUUAAUUAUUAACAGCGUUAUUCGUUAAUUGAUUAAUUGAUUAAGCUCAUA